GCACUAUCUCUAUUGCGUGUUGUUCGAUCGUUUCAGACGUCGGUAACUUGUUGUUUCGACCAUGACAGAAGAGGGUAAAUCUGCUUUUCGUUUCGACAACACCAGCAACGACAACACCAGCAACGACAACACCAGCAACGACAACACACUGGACUUUGUGUAUAACUAUUACGAUCCACCUGGAGACGUUUUGUCCAGUUAUUCUUUCCAUGCAGUUGUUUGGAUGUUACUUUCAAUAGGAAUUAUUGGCAACAUAUUGGUUGUGGUGUGGAGAGUCACACAGAAAAGAGAUCAGAGAUCGUCUCCUGUCUCAAUCCUCAUCAUCAUGCUAUCAGUAUCAGACUUCUUGUAUUGUGUUCAUUUGCUUCUUCUGGAGAGUCUAGUGGUUGAUGUUGAUCUAGACCAAACAAAGCAUCUGUCAUACGUCUCUGCUCGUAACAUGUGCACAGCAAGUGCAUGUCUGUCUCUGUUUUCUUGUCUCGCAGCUCAGUGGGUAACUUUCAAUAUUGCAGUUUACUCGUUUCAAGCAAUGAGCGAGUUCUGUUCUCGUUGUUGCUGUUCACUAGUUCACAAGCGAAAUCUGGUCAUCAUAAUUAUCUGCCAAGUUUUGAUCAACCUUAUGAUAAUAGUAAUAAUUAUUAUUGAUUUUCCCUCUACCAUUGGUGAUUACGAGUUUAGUCUACAAGAUUAUGACAAACAUACAAUCCAAUACCCACAUGUAGAUGUAAUCAAUAACGUCAUACCUACAGAAAUUUACAACGGGACAAAAUUUUCUAGUUACUCAAGACGUGAACGUAUUGCCGAAAUAUUUGGACGUUGCGCUUUGACACAGACAAAUGGAUAUGAAUUUUGCUCCAACUCUAGUAGGUCAUUCACACACGACAACCAGACAACGAUCUACGAUUCCAGUGAAUGCAUAAUGAAUAGUUAUUCCUUCUAUAAUCCGAACUCGAACCUUAACAGUUCUACAGCAACAAUAAUAGCAUUAAUCACAGCUUUUCUAAAUACUGUUCUUACAUUGACAUCUGCUUUUCUCUAUUUAUUUGUGUGUCUAAAGCUUCGUGCAAGAUCAGCAAACAUAACGGGAAGAUCUGACAUGCACAAACUUCAAUUGCGUUUGAGUGUAAUUGUUCUUCUGAACACUCUGUGUUGGAUUCCUGUCACUGUACUACAUUGGAAAACUUUUAAUGACAAAGUUAGUGUAGGAAACGUGAAUAGGCCAAACGAUUUUACUGCAGCAAGUGUUCUUCUCAUCUCAAUCAGUCCAGCAAUUAAUCCUCUCAUCUACACAUUCACAGGAAAGAACUUUUUACAUUCAAUUCGCAAACGAAUAAAACGCUACGUAUCUCUGAGACGGAACAAUUUCAACUACCACGACGAUCACAUUAGAGGAGUUGAACGUUGCAGCUGUAUUCCAUGUGUGAGAUGUGUUCACCGAGAUGAAGAGAAUGAUCCAGACUACUGGCAUACUGAAGAUACUUCUGACUGGAAUUCUGAGCAGAGUAGUCUCCUGAAGUCUACCAAUGAGUCAAGUGAAACUAGUUAACAGAUUCACAUCAGCUACUGUUGCAUGACUAAAACAAUAAAGAGUAGUCGUUUUCAAUGUGCAUGUGUCUUUAAAUUUUAUUGCUAUUGUAUGAACGUUUGCUGAUAAGAUUGUACGCAUGCUCGCUAGAUCAUAUGUGUUCUAGACACAAAAUCAAAUAUUGAAUGAUAUUUGCCAUC